CGUUCUUUUUCCUUUUUCCUUCAUAGACUAUCCUGUAUUCUUUGCAUCUUCCCUAUAGUUUUGCGCCAUGACAAUAUUUAUACAAAUCAAGGCAGGUCAGUAAGCAGACGUGAGCCUCUUGUCAUCAGUUCCUUACAUCCAGACUUUUCAAUCAGAGUCAGAAUUUCAGGUCGAAGAAAAGGAACAAGAUCAGCGCUUAUGAACAGGCAAAACGAGUGUAUGAACGCAUACAGCAACAGAAAGCACAAGAAAAGGUUGCCCGUCAGAUAG